CGGCCGAGGACGCGCUGAGUGAGGCGGAUGGCGGCAGCAGCAGCUCCGUCAGCAGCUCCGUCAGCAGCUCCGUCAGUUCGGCCCCGCCGCUGGCCAUGGAGGCCGUGGCCGCGGAGUGGAUGCUGGAGUUCGCCUGCUCGUGCCUGUGCCGGCACUUCGCGGAGCAGAGCGGGGCGGAGUUCUGGCGGUGGAAGGACGUUGCGCAGGCUCUUAUUAAUGGCUUCUCCCAAAUACCUCCACAUCAGAAGAAAACAGUAUAUCUCUGCCAGCUUUUGAUAAGAAUUGCACAAGGAAAAAGCCUUGUAUUACAGUUUGAAAAUGAUCCAAAAAUUUCACCUUUGGAAUCUGCUCUGUCUUUCUGGACUUUACUUGAAAAGCAAGAAAUUAAACUGGCAAAACUUCAUGAAGAUAUUCGUCGCUUGAUUCAAAUUCAGAUUGUGGCAGUUCAUAUGGAAAACAGAUAUUUCAAGGAAGCUGCUGAAGUUCUUGAAAGACUGUUCACAGACUCUGAAUCAGAUAAGCCUUUAAGGGUGAAGCUGGCAACUGUAAUUAAAACCAAGGAUCCACAUGUUCCUCUUCUCCAAAGCUUCAGUUACAGUCUUUUGAUAAGUAAAGUCAAGUCUUACAUUGAACUUUUCAUGAAAGAAAAUGAAACUAACUUCUUAAUACAGGAAGCCACAAAACAUGUGGCAUCUAAAGGAUUGGGAGUAACAACGUUGCAAAACAGACCUGUGAAAGUCAAUGAAAAUGACAAAAGUGAUUUGAAAACAAAAAAAAGAUUGCUGAAAGAGGAACAGUGUAUCACAAGUCAGUCAUCUGGAGACACAAAAAACCCCAGGAGACAUUCAGGACAGAAAUCUGAAAAGAAAAGAGUUCUUCAGAAUCUUAGCAACAUGGAUAAUGUGGAAAAAAAUGAAGUUUCUUUGGCAUGUAGCCGAAGAAGACAGCGAUGGACUUACAAAGAAGACUUGCAGCUGAAAUCAGGAGUGAAGGAGUUUGGAGUGGGUAACUGGGCCAAAAUUUUAGUCCAUGGUAACUUCAGCAACCGAACAAGUGUCAUGUUGAAAGACCGGUGGAGAACAUUGAACAAGAUGAAAUAAAGGUGAUCUGGACUACAGGAACUAACUCUUCUUGAUCUUUCUCUACAUGAGGACCUACCCUAGCUUUUCAGAAUAACAUCUUAUGUUAGGAUAGCAGUGUUGCUAUCCUAAAACAUGAAGCAGAAUAGUCAUAGGUAUAAAACAUUCAUGUAAGCUCACUUGCUCUGGUAAUGAUGACUUAAAUGUAAAGUCUGGCCUUUUUUGCUGCAUGCAAUAAUAGAUGACCUAGAUUCUGAAAUGUGAAAAUGUUUGUAGUGUUUUAAGAAAUGUCUACUAUGUAAAUAGGGGUAUUAGAUCUGCCUGGCAAUGUCUUUAGCUUGAUGGAAGCUAAUAAAAAGUCAAGUAUUCUGUAUUUUUAAAGGGCUGUAUCUCUUUUUAGGAUGACCUUUUCAUAAUUACUUCCUGCCAUAUAACCUGUUCUAAUUUGUUUUGCUUCACUUUGGAAUUUUGGUCAGACUUGUCAUCUCUGUAAGUUAUACUAAAAAGUAUGUAUUUAUAAGUAUUGCUAAUUUUAUGAGCUGAUGGUUUGUUGACUUUUUUUUCCUGCAGUUAAAAAUGUG